CUUUGCACGACAGAAAAAAUAAGCAGAUUCCUGACUCCUCAUCCCGACUGUCAAACUUAAUGGCUAUCUCACCAGUUGUCAAGUUUUGCAGAUAUGCAUCAUCAUAGAAUAUAUUAAAACUAAGUAUAUAUUUACAAUUCAAGUAAAACGUGCGUGGAAAACACUUAAGCAAAAUCUCAGCCAUGGCGGCUCUGCGAUUUUUUCUGAUUUUUGCUUCUGUUUGGAUGUGUCAAAGCCAGCAAUUACUUCAAAUGUAUUUGAAAACGACUCUUGAAAAUGCCUACAGAGCAUGUCGUGCCGGGGUGAAUCCUGGAUUAGCCGUGGCCGUUGUGAAGGAUGGACAAGUACAGUUUACUCAUGCACUUGGGGUCAAGGAUAAAGCUUAUCCGAUGACCUUAGCAAAUAGAGUGACUACCAACACAAAAUUUGGAAUUGGAUCUCUUUCUCAAGUUUUUGCAAACGUUUUAACGUUGACGGUAAUGAAUUCAACUGAAAGAUUGCGGAAAAAGGGUAUUGAUACAACGCUAAGGAACUAUUUCCAACAUAAAGGACUCUUCAAGCACUCUUACCUGCGUUCUCGAUACGCUACCUUGCUAGAUCUGAUGACGCACAGAAUGGGAUUUGAGAACCACAAAUACCUUCGUCUAAACCUAACGAUGACCAGGGACAAGAUCAUGAUGAGAGUGCAUCAUAUGAAUCCAAAAGGCCGUUUUCGUGACAGUUUUUAUUACAAUGAUUUGAUGUAUGGAAUCAUCGCUAAAAUAUCAGAAGAUAUUGAUACUCUUAGUUUAACGUGGGAGGAUAUGUUAAGAAAAUAUGUGCUUAAUCCUCUUGGAAUACCGUCAACCACUUUUUUCACAACUCUAAACCCACUCAUGGAAGAUGUGGCCCGAGGCUAUGUUGAGGACGAGGGACUUCUGUACCCCGUACCGUACGAGUUUCUAAAGGUGUGGACUCGUUUCUGUGGAGAUUCAUGCGUUCUGAGUAGUGCAAAUGAUAUGGCGAGAUUCAUGAUCUUCUUACUCGGCAACGGUACUAUCCCGGGCUCAUCUGUGCCACUCAUCGAUCAGGAAGAUUUUAAAUAUAUGUUCAAGCCAUGGAAUAGAAUCCAGUCACCAAGCGUUGAGGACUAUUUUUCAAAAGCGGAGGGUGUCCCGGUGACACGUACACAUUCAGGGGUCGGUCUUGGAGUAAAAACUGGAAUUUACAGAGGUUGGAAAAUAGUGGAACAAGCAGGGGAUCUAUUUGGUUACAGCACAAUUAUGACAUUAUUUCCAGAAACAAACCUAGGAAUUUUUAUCGCCAUGUCAGGUGAAGAUAAACAUGACUUUUUCAGAACAACCCUCGCUUCUUAUAUUGCUGAUCUGUAUCAUAAGGAGACGCCCUGGCUAAAUUCUACCUUACUGUGUGCCUUUCCUAGUCCAUGGAAAGUUCCUCCUGCACCAAAAGCACCACUCAAUAUGACGGAAGUGCCGCUAAAUCGACCUAUUACUGAUUACGUUGGUACUUACGUAAACGAGCUCUAUGGUGCAUUGGAAGUUAGAGAAGUGUUCGGAAGACUUGAACUGAACUAUGGACUAGGUCAAUUUGACUUAAAGCGUAAAGAUUCCACGAAACCGAGAUUUCACAUGAUUCCAAAGGGACUUAGUAAACACGUCAUUGAUAUAAGCUCAAUGAAAUUUAGAGAACAAAGAGGAACAAAUCUAAUUGAAAGUGCAAAUAUAAACAUGUUUGAAGAUGCUGAUUUUAUGAAAGUUGGCGUUCCUGCACAACCAUAAUCGCUUGUGUAAUAAACUCUUUACGCUUUUUUGAAUUAUAGAGCAAAACUUUGGAAUUAAAGAAUGAAUAAAUUUGCGAUGAUUUUCUCGAAUAAAA